ACGAUGCCGCCGCUCUCCGGAACGCGAGCGUAGACGGAGCGCGGCCCGGCGCGCACGGAGUUAAAGGCGCCGCGGCGCGGAGAGGGGAGCCGGCGCGAGCCCGCGAGGCCCCCGCCCCUCGCCCGUCCCCGCGCCACGCGCCCCACGCCGCGGGCUGACGCCGGACCCGCCGCAGGAAGCGGAAGGCGGGCGGCCGAGCGGCCAGGCACUGCCCCGCGCCGCGAUCCGGGUGUGCACGCGCAGCCCGCCGGAGCCCAGCCCGGCGCCCAGCCCGCCACCGCGCCGCCGGCUCCCCGCUCCGCGCUCCGGGUCCCCAGAGCCGGUCCGCGCCGGCGAGCAGCAGCAUGUUCGCGGCGCCGCGCCCCGGGCGCUGAGACCGAGCCCGCGAGACAGUGGCAUUCCUUUCUUUUAGGGCUCUUUGGCUGUUGGCUACACGGAUGUGACGACCCCCACCCCCUUUUUUUUUUUUUUUUUGGAACGAUGGGGAUCUUUUUGGCGUAUGUUGGAUUUGUUUUCUUUUCCGUUUUAUAUGUACAGCAAGGGCUUUCUUCUCAAGCAAAAUUUACCGAGUUUCCGCGGAACGUGACUGCAACCGAGGGGCAGAAUGUGGAGAUGUCCUGCGCUUUCCAGAGCGGCUCCGCCUCGGUGUACCUGGAGAUCCAGUGGUGGUUCCUGCGGGGGCCGGAGGACCUGGACACCGGGGCCGAAGUGGCCGGGGCACAGGCGGAGCUGCUGCCAUACCGGGACCCGGACGGCGACGGGACCAAGAUCAGCACAGUGAAAGUCCAAGGCAAUGACAUCUCUCACAAGCUUCAGAUUUCCAAAGUGAGGAAAAAGGAUGAAGGUGUAUAUGAAUGCAGGGUGACCGACGCCAAUUACGGAGAGCUUCAGGAGCACAAAGCCCAGGCCUACCUAAAAGUCAACGCCAACAGCCAUGCUCGGAGGAUGCAGGCCUUCGAGGCCUCGCCCAUGUGGCUGCAGGAUGCGAAGCCUCGCAGGAACGUCUCGGCGGCCGCUCCCGGCAGCACGCACAGCUCUGCCAGCCAGCGAGUGCUCUCCACUUCCAGCCCUCAAGCGGUAGCCAAAAUCCCCAAACAAAGUCCACAAUCAGCAAAGAGCAAAUCGCCUGUAAAAUCUACGGAGCGGACAGCAAAGUUGACCCUAAACUCCAAGCACCACUCUGCACCCACUGUACUCUAAUUACCUACACAAGGAGCACCUGCUUUCGGAAACAAACGAAGAGGCUAUCUCACUUUGUUCAUAACAUUUUCUUGGGCAAAUCAUUGAUCUUUUAUUUCAAGAGAAUUAGUGUGAAGUGAUAGAACAUUUUCUAAUAGCAAGAUCUAUUUUUUUUCCUUUUCUUUCGGCUGCUCAAAGCAUCAUCUCACUGACUGCUCAGGGGUUGGCCUGACCAUCAUCGGUAUAGUGAAUAUUUACUACAGAUACCACUGAUUUCCUACUAAAAGACCCAUUAUCUGCAGGAAGUAAGCAGAGUUCAAAAGGCUACAGAACAUAAACUAUCAUCAAACAAAACUCGUGUCUGGGGGCAAGAACAAAAUUUUCAACACUGCGAGUCAACAAUGAAAACGUUUUAAAUAAGAAAUAAUAAAAGAGAAUUUUUUUUUUGCAUUUUUCCCCUUUUCUUGGGUUUUUCUCCUUUUUCUUCAUUGUAGUUCUUAUUCAAUAUGGCAAGUGCUGAUUAUGGCCAAUCCCUGUCAAUCCUGGGAGGUUUAUAUAAAAACAUUUUGAGUGUUCUAUAUUUCAGUGCAUUUUAAUUCAUUUUGCAAUUCUUGUAUAUGCAAAUGAUAAAUUCUGUAAAUUGCUUAUAGUAUGUGUGAUAUAACUUCAAAGUAGAUAGACUAUGAGCCUCAUGCAAGCUGAUUUUUAUCAUUCUCUAUAUAAAUAUAUACAAAUAAGUAUCUAUAUGUUGGGUCAUCAACCAACUUUUUUUGGUUAAAACAUAUGUUUUUCACUGAUUCCUAUAUUGUGGGGAUUUUGUAAUGCAUUGUUUCACUUCCACAGGUUUGACUGUUGCAGAUGGUAUCUGUUGCCUUCUGCUUCCUUCUGGAAAAUGCGUAUUCAAAAUCGUAUCAGUCUCUGAUAAAUGAAUUAAUUUUGCUGUGUGUAUGCUGUGUUGAAAUUUGCUAUGUUCCUUUAUAUGUGGUGUUUAUUGAGGUUUGAGGAUCUUUUGACUCUGAAGAAUGUAAGCUCUCUGGUUUUGACAGCCAUUCCUGUAUUGUCAUCAUCAUUAUUGUCAAAAAGCAAUGUCGCGUCUAGAAAAUCUGCCUUGGAAGUGAAUAUGGGGUAGGUGAAGUGGUCAUUGUGAAUCCCUAAAUUCAUGGAAGAACACUUCUUGCUGUGGCUAAAAAAUGCUGCUUCCUUUGACCUUUAUGAAUUUUUGUAGCUUUGUCAUUCUGUUAUUUGCUGCUAAUUAUAUUUUAAUGUCUCCUAAUUAAAAAUUAAAAUUUGGUUGUUGGCUAAAUAUAAUAUGCAAAAGAUGACUGCAGAUCCCCGACUAAAGAAGAUAAUGUGUUCAGUUUCCACUAGUUAAGUGAAUUAUAACUUUAAAUAUUCCAUUCUUAUUUUUGGCUUUAUGAUAAUUCAGACUAUUUUAUUUAGAACCUGUUUUCUACUCUGGCAAAGAAUGAUAGACAGGACUAGCAAUGUGUUCCAUAUACACUAUGGAGUAGAUACGGUUGAGAUGGAAAUGACCUAAGUUUUCCUUCCAGAGAGAUUCUUCUAUUUUCUUUCAUAACAAACCAGAAGUUCAUCUCUAUAGGACCAUCAGCACCAAGCCUAAGGUCCUAGACUGAAGCUUGAAGGCAAUGAAUACCUCUGCUUUUCAAAGGUAAAUGCAUUGAUUUUCUGCAAUUCAAUUACAAGCAAUGUGAUAUUUUCAUAAUAUCCUUGACAUUAUCUUCUGAGAAAUAAUGUUUCAUGCUAAAUAUUUUAUUGACAUUUUUCUUGAUCAUUUGGUUUAUUAUUUCAGUCUAAUGAGAAAAAUAAAAGAUUUGAUUGCACUAUUUUAUUAACCUAGAAAAAUUAUUUUCUUUCAAAGUUUAAUGCCUAAAACACAUGAAAUAAUGAUAAGACAAAUAUUAUUUAUUAAGUCUAUCUGGACUCUAAAGAUUGCAUACAUUCACAUAUAAAUAAGUAUAUUGAUUCAACUUCAGUCAGUCUGGGAAAAUCCACCAUGUAAUUAACUUUUACCCAAAGUUCAGGUCAUGAGAUUGGUCAGUUCUAAAGCAAGAUGGACAUGUAUCUCUGUAUCAGUGAUGUUCACCAUGCUUGCUUGUAAUAAGGACAUUAUGUUGGUUGGGAAGAAUUCUCAUUACACUCAUUGUGUCAGGGUACAGAAUAACAAAGAUUUCUUUGUCAGUGUGCUACCAAGAGUCUGACUCGCUAACUUCUUUGAGAAAGAACAUGGCAUACAAUCUAUUUCUCCAAACUAGAAAUUUUUAUGUGGAAUCUUAAAUAUUGGAACAGAAGCUAUAACAAAUUAAAGAGACAUCUAGUUGUUUUCACCAUACAUUGUCCCUCUGGAACUAUUCCGUGGUGUGUAACCAUAACUAU